AUGGAAAAACAGAGAUGGAGGCGUCAAUGGCGAUCGGCACUGAUUGUUUUUGUGCUGGGUCGUACAUUCCCGUAUCCCGUAAUAUCGCGAAGGUUGGAAACGCUCUGGGCAAAAUGCGGCGUGCUGCAAAUCUUAAGUCUCUCCUAUGGCUUUUAUGCCGUACGUUUCUCCAGCCAAUUUGAUUACGAACAAGCUGCCAUGGGAGGCCCUUGGAUGAUUGGUGAUUAUUACAUAACGGUUCGUCCAUGGCGCCGCAAUUUUAACCCUAAGCUAGCUGAGGUGGCAUCUACUAUGGCUUGGGCGAGGCUACCGGGACUCCCUAGCGAGUUCAUCAACAAGGAGGCAGUGGAACGUAUCGCGUCAAGAAUCGGGCGACCAGUGCGAGUUGACAGGGCUACUCAGCUAGGGAGCCGUGGACGCUUUGCCAGGGUCUGUGUGGAAGUGGACCUGACAAAGCCAUUGCUUUCGCAGUACAAGAUAGAGGGAAUCACUUAUUAUAUCGAGUAUGAAGGUUUGCACCGUAUUUGUACUGAAUGCGGAAUGUAUGGCCACAUGAGAGUGACAUGUCCAAAGCUGUUUGAGGUUAUAGAACCAGUGGUCGAACCAGAGAACAAGACAACAGAAGAGGUCACCAAACGACCCCUUUACGGGGAAUGGAUGACGGCGAAGCCAAAGUGGAAGAGCUCGAACGGGAAACAAUUUGAGAAGAGGACUACUGAGAAGCAGCAACGUGGCCCUUCCGUUACGGAAGAGAUUGAGCAAACUUCGGGGUCGCGAUUUGCGGCACUGAACGAGGAGGAACAGAUGCAUACGGACUCGGGCUUGAAAGAACCAAGAGUAGAGCACCAAGAGAGUGUGGUGGUAGAGAAGCCAGGAGAAAAGCAGGCGCUCCAACCUGACUCGGCUACACCGCCAGAGAAACGAUCGGCUGAAUUCCAAGAUGUUCGGCCUAUUGACGAGAUUAGUGGGAUGGACAAGGUGGAUGAGGCUUCAAAUGCUAGAAUUGACACGCAAGGCAGGUCUCCUCCAAUUCUUCAGCCCAAGAAGGGGCCAAUUGCUAUACAGGUGAAUCUGAAAGGGCAGUCGAAUGGUGGGAAAGGGAAGGUUUCGAAGAGCCCCAGCAGCAAUUCCAAGCUGAAAGGUGACAUGGGUGUGCAGCAAAGUAGCCGGAAGGGAGGGUCGGGAACAAAAUCUGUAAUGACUGAGGGCGCGGGGAGCCUAUCCCCUUCAGGGGAUAGAUGA